CACGCGUCCACCUAGUUACCGAUUUUCACCAACCCUCGUGUUGCUCGAGCACAAUUUCUAAUCACAACCCUCACUAACAGGAGGAAUUCAAAUCCAUUGAUUUUCACGAAAAUUCAACCACGGCGAUGGCCACCAGCACCACCGCCCUCUAUUCAAUCCCAAUUUCAAACCAAACAAGCACUAAAAACUCACUCCCCCUCUCUUCUCUCUCUCCUCGCACCUCCCCCUUUCUCUCUCUCCGCUCAUCCUCCAGAGCUCCUCCGCCGUCGGCGGCGGCAGUGACUGCUGGCGCGGUUAUCGAAGCUGAGCGACAGACGACUACCAGCGCCACUCCGUCGAAGUCUCUGCCGUUCAGGGUGGGACACGGGUUCGAUCUCCACAGGCUGGAGCCUGGGUACCCUCUCAUCAUCGGGGGCAUCGAUAUUCCUUUCGAAAAAGGCUGCGAAGCUCACUCCGACGGAGAUGUGUUGCUUCAUUGUGUUGUCGAUGCAAUUUUGGGUGCUUUAGGGCUUCCGGACAUCGGGCAGAUCUUCCCAGACAAUGAUCCCAAGUGGAAAGGUGCGGCAUCAUCUGUUUUCAUCAAGGAAGCUGUGAGACUGAUGCACGAGGCAGGCUAUGAGCUCGGAAACUUAGAUGCCACUUUGAUUCUUCAAAGGCCGAAGCUGAGCCCACACAAGGAGGCUAUCAGGGCAAAUUUGUCGAACCUUCUUGGCGCAGACCCUUCUGUUGUGAACCUGAAAGCGAAAACUCAUGAGAAGGUCGACAGCCUUGGGGAAAACAGGAGUAUCGCAGCACACACGGUUGUUCUUCUUAUGAAGAAAUAGAAGAUUGCCAUUUCCAAACAUAAUACUGUCUUUGUUACUGUUGUAUGUAUACUGCUUACGAGGACCCAAUUGAAUGUUAUUUCAUACAGUUGAAUAUAGGCAGAAUGCAAUGGGUUUUUUAACAGAGUCUCAUAUUGUUACUGUCCUGUUCAUAGUUGAAAUGCAGUAUUUCUGGUGUUGGAGCCUAUUCCUCUCUUUUGGAUGAUGGGUAAUAAAGUGGUGAUUUUACAGUGUA